AACGGCUUCACAAAAGAAGUGCAAAGUGGUUGGUUCUUCUUUAUCCCCUCUCGAGAUUAACUCCCCUUCCUUCUCUUUCUCUUAUCACUUUGAUUUAUAUACUUAUUUCAUUUCUAACCAACUCCACAUCACUCUCCUCAUCUCUCACAACUCUACACUUUGCAUACACAUUUUUCACCAGUAAGCUCAGAAUCAUGCCCAUCAAGAUUGGAAUUAAUGGUUUUGGAAGAAUAGGUCGCUUGGUUGCCAGGGUGGCUCUGCAGAGUGAUGAUGUUGAACUUGUUGCUGUUAAUGACCCUUUUAUCACCACUGAUUACAUGACCUAUAUGUUCAAGUAUGAUACUGUUCAUGGAAUCUGGAAAAAGAAUGAAAUUACGGUUAAGGAUGAGAAAACUCUUCUGUUUGGUGAUAAGCCUGUCGCAGUCUUUGGCAUGAGGAAUCCGGAGGAGAUCCCGUGGGGCCAGGCCGGAGCAGAAUAUGUUGUUGAAUCCACUGGAGUUUUUACUGACAAGGAUAAAGCUGCUGCUCAUAUGAAGGGCGGUGCAAAGAAGGUCAUCAUUUCAGCUCCAAGUGCCAAUGCUCCCAUGUUUGUCGUGGGUGUCAACGAGAAGGAUUACAAGCCGGAUAUCGACAUUGUCUCUAAUGCUAGUUGUACCACCAACUGCCUUGCUCCUUUGGCAAAGGUUAUUCACGACAGAUUUGGUAUUGUUGAGGGUCUUAUGACAACUGUGCAUGCUAUGACUGCAACACAAAAGACCGUUGACGGUCCAUCAAUGAAGGACUGGAGAGGUGGAAGAGCAGCUUCCUUCAACAUUAUUCCCAGCAGCACUGGUGCUGCUAAGGCUGUGGGAAAAGUUCUGCCCUCACUGAACGGAAAGUUGACUGGUAUGGCGUUCCGUGUUCCCACUGCUGAUGUCUCAGUGGUUGACCUCACUGCCAGGCUUGAGAAGGCUGCCACAUAUGAUCAAAUUAAGGCUGCUAUCAAGGAAGAAGCCAGCGGUAAUUUGAAAGGGAUACUUGGUUACACCGAGGAUGAUGUAGUCUCAAGCGACUUUGUGGGUGAUAGUAGAUCAAGCAUAUUUGACGCGAAGGCUGGAAUUGCUUUGAGUGAUAACUUUGUGAAAGUUGUCUCUUGGUAUGAUAAUGAAUGGGGCUACAGUAACCGUGUGGUCGACUUGAUCCGGCAUAUGGCUUCGGCAAAGUAGCUCGCUGAUCUGAUUCUGUGUUCCGUCAAUGGCCCAGAAGAAGCAUGUGGCGUCGCAAGAGAGCUGUUACUAUGAAAUAAUUCUUAAAAUGUCUGUUUUGAUGUUAGGCUUUAUGUUUCAGCUUAUUUAUUUAUCUUGUUCUGGAGAUGCAUAUCUGUGGACGCAUUUAGGAGUACGCUAAUAUGCUAUUUUCCACUAUUGUUUUAGCA